GGGGAAUAUAUUUUCCUGUGUGGAGUGAGAGGACGUGGUGAUGGGUGUGCUUUUGGAAGAAAUAACAACAUCAUGGCGCUGCUCUCUGAAUGAAACAAGGACAACCUACUCCGUCAUCCCUACUACAAAUGUUUCCACUGCCCUCCUCCUCACUCUCUUCGCAGAUUUCUGAAAUUUUAAUUUUCGCCCAGUAUAUUUACUCAAAAAUUAGUAAAGCAAUCAAAGGAAUUACUAAAAUUGUAUUUCCACUUCUAUAACAACCUUUGGAAAUCAUUCGUAUUGUAUUGGCGAAAAGAAAGAUUAACGAAUAAUUUGACCUAGGAUACGUACUAAAAUAGCAAAUUGUGAAUUGUGUGUUGCAACAACAAAUAUAAGAAACUCUUAUCUGCGAAUUAAAAAUAUUUAAUAAUUGGCCGUAUAUAGUUAAAGUGAUUCUAAACUUGACCAUUGACCGUUGUGUUACAAAAGAGUUUGUUGGUUAUAAUAAAUCUUUGAGUGUGGAGUGGCAAUAUUUUGGUUGCUUUUUACAGCAAUUGUGUGCUUAGAUGUUGAGGCUGACGUAAAAUGGGACGGGUGAAAAGGAGAGUGAUUUCGGGGUCCUUAUCCCCACCGUGACAGAUAUUGUGUCGGAGUAAAAGUGAAAAGUAUCAAAACGUACGCUGUUUCUGCAUAUUUCUGCAAUGUGAAAUGAACUACUUCUAUCCACGGCUGCCCGAUUACGAAUAAUCAAUUUUUGAAAGAAAAUUUCCUGGUUUAAUGUACAACUGUAAACGUGUUGCUGUGAUCAAGAAUUAAGAUGUUUAUCAGAUUUAAAAUGGAGAGUCACCUAAUAAGUUGGAGUGUUGCCGUAUUCCUGAUGGUUUCCGUAUUUUACGGAGCUUGUCUUGGGUUGGAGUGCGAAUAUUUCAAUAUCACAGAAUGUCCCACUCCGGACAAACCUUGCGAAAUGAGAAGGAACGUGACGUGCACAUCCGAAGACCCCUCGUCUCAUACGACAAGUUGUUUUGCUCUCUGGCAACGUGGCCCUGCACCGGAUUCUGUAGAAGUGCUCCGGUUCAAGGGUUGCUUUAUCAACAACAAAGAUUGCAUUGGAAUGGACUCUUGUGUGGAUAGGAACCACAAGCAAUUAAAGAACUCGAGCCUCCACACCCACUACUGUUGCUGUGAGUCGGAUUUCUGCAACAGAGAUUACGUGUGGCUGCCAAAGCCGACAUCGCCACCAGUGAACCAGAAAAUAGUGGAAGUUGAGAGAAAUGGAAUAAGAGGAUGGGCAUGGAUAUCGGUCCUGGUUGCAUCAUUCUGCAUCUUAUGUGUCAUUGUGGCUUUUCUGGUCCACCGAAGAGUCCAACAGAAACCACUACCUACGUCGACGUCCAAUCUCACAGAUGAAGAGAAUAUCUUGUUGGACAAGUCAGAAAGCAGUCAUGUGUUGACCCACGUGGAUUUGGUUGAGCCAAAGGCAACUGGAAGAUUUGGAUCGGUGUGGAAAGCAACCAUGGUCGGACAACCGGACUGGGUGGCCGUCAAAAUUCUUCCAUUGAGAGAGAAGACAUCUUGGCGUUUAGAACAGGAAGUUUAUUCUCUCCCCUUGAUGUGUGACUCCCAGCUAAUCCUUGGAUAUUUUGGAGCGCGAACUGAUCCAGAUAGCAUGCAGCUCUGGCUUAUAUCAGAAUAUAUCACGAACGGCUCUCUGUACGAUUACAUGAAGGGCCACGAGCUGAGCUGGAGUGAGGUUUUGAAGGUUGCACUCACAAUGUGUCAAGGUCUCUCAUUUUUGCAUGAUGAGAUCUCAUCGGUGAAAGGAGUCAAACCCGCCGUUGCACAUCGGGAUUUUAAGUCAAAGAAUGUCCUGUUGAGGCCAGACCUCACAGCUUGCAUCGCAGACUUUGGGUUGGCAUUCAUUUUUUACCCAUCAAAACUAGUUGGAACGAAUCAUGGACAAACAGGCACAAGACGCUACAUGGCUCCCGAGGUAUUAGAUGGAGCAGUUAGUUUCACGAGAGACAACUUUCAACGGAUCGACAUGUAUGCUUGCGGCCUCGUAUUGUGGGAGUUGGCCUCGAGAUGUUCCAAUCAACAGGGUCCCGUGGGAGAAUACCGAUUACCCUUCGAAGAGCAUGUGGGUCAACAACCAUCUCUUGAGGAAAUGAUAGAGUGCGUAGUCACACAACGAAAACGACCCACUCUUCGCAACGAUUGGCAAUCCCACCCUGGACUAGCCGUACUUUCUGAAGCCAUCAAAGAGUCAUGGGAUCAGGAUGCGGAGGCACGAAUCUCUGCUUCCUGUAUUGUGGAGAGGCUUCACUCCGUUUCAAAUAAAAUCAUCUAAUCAUCACAAGUCUUCUCAAUCAACAUCUUGUUAAUUAAAAUUGCACGUACGUUUGUUCCAGUCUACAUAUAUUAUACAGUACCUAAAAAAAACUUUACACGCUCAUUUGUUAUUGUUAUUAUCAUUCUUAUUGCUGUUAUUUAUUAUUAUUAUUAUUACUGCUAUUAUCUGCUACCCUGUAGUAGUGGGGAGUACCAUAUUAUAUUGGUUCAAUUUAAAUUCAACAUUGUCUUUAGAAUCAUCACUCAUCGAAUUUCAAAUUCAACGAAGUACUAUUAUUACGAGCAACAAAUAUACGUUAAAGUAUCUCAGGGUGUUAAUUCGCAGUCUGGUUUAUUACGCUAAAUUUUGUAUAUAUACCUGGAAUGGGUGACUUUGUUUGACUUAUGAGUGACAUUUAUUCAACCCUUCUCACGUAUUCUGGUUAUUAUUAUUGGUUAUUAUAUGUUACAUAAAUCGUAUGGGUGUCAAUACGGGUCGUAUGAAAAUAUUACAAGUUCGAGGAACGGGCUUGGAAAGGAGGAAGAAAUAAAUAUGCAGUGUGAACCUGCUCCAACAAAUAUGAAGAUAUACAUUAACUGCUGCACUGUAUAUUGUAUUACGCAGACGGGUUAUAACCCCAGUUUAUUAUCAAUUCAGGGAUAUUAUCUGCAAUUUUGCAGUUUAAAUAAUUAUAAAACACAAACAGUGUACAUAUGUUGUAUUUUUGCGUAACAUGUCAACGCAAGAAAGGUAUGCUUUAUUUUUGUUUGUUAUAUGUUGGUUAGUUGCUAGUGCCAUAUUUGUGAAACAUGUGUCGAAAAAUCUCAAACAAAAUCAAAACUCAAAUAUCUGUCUGUUGUAGAUUAAAGAUUACCAAAUAUGUAAAGUAUUAGAAUUUAACAUUUUGUCUACCCAAGAGGCAACCAAAAAUGAGAAUGACCUAUUCACUUUUCAACAAGUACAUAAUUGCAUGUUUAUGCUAAUUGUUGUAUGUAAAAAUAUCUUGUGUUGUUGGAACGAAAAUCGUUUUAUUAGCAAUUGGUAUUUUUAGUGGUGUGAAUGAGAGGUUUGAAUAUAUGUAUGUAUGAAAUAUAUUAUAUGAUAGUUGUCGAUGUUGUGGACGCAGCUUACAACAUGUAUUGCUCCAGAUUUAUCCCUAAUUUGACGAUGUGUGUCGGUAAAAAAAAUGAAACUGUGUACCUUGAAAUCUAUUAGUAUAAUUGCGUAGUGUAGUAGCAUGUAGAGUGAUACGCUAUAAAUGUAUGUACAUAACUAUUUUAUUUCUAAUAACACUAUACUGUACCCUAUAAAAUUACAUUCUAAAAAUUAGCGGAUAACGGGCAACAUCUUUUUGCACAAAUGGCCCAGCCCAUGGUUUAGUCAAGGAACAAUCAGCUAACAAAACAAUGUACAAAUUAAUCUAAAAAUUAUCUAAUUAUCAACAGGCCAAGUAAUGUGCGUUGCCAUCGCAACGCACAAUGAAGCAUCGCCAACAGCCAACAAAUUAUUACGGUUAUUUACACAUUAAGGCAAAACUUAUACAUUAAAAUGCUGCUACUGUAUGUAUGUAUGCAAGUCUAUCUAUUACUGACAAAAAUUUAGAAAAUUAACACGUAAAAUUGACCUAGGAAAUCUUAUUUGAAAUUGUAAGGUAGUAGUGUAUAAUUGUUGUGUUUUGUUGUUACUUUUACUCUGUCGAAGAAUGCAUUUUGCGACUCUAUAACAAAAACAAAGAAAGGGUCGGUGUCAUGUACAAAUUAGUGUGUAGGCAAAAUAUUAUAUUCUAUAUGGGUACAAGCAUAUUAAUUAUUCAACAAAAUAUAUGAAACUAAGUAACGUUAUUAUCAUCUUGGAUAAGAGGAAAACACAUUCUUAUCAUCUUGUUAUUACUCUGAAAAAGAAAAUGUUCGGUUCAGCUGUUAAAUUUAAUCAUUAAUUGACUUUGAUUGGAAACAUUAGCUACUGAAUUGAAAUAUAGUCAUGUAUAGUGUACGUAUAUGUAGUAACAAAAUGCUCGCAAGGAAGAGGACAAGGAAAUUAUGUUUGUUUUUGGAGGUGUUUUUUAUAACUAAGUAAACAAAACACAAACCCAAUUAUUUUGAUUCAGGUAUAAUAAUCAAUCACUCAUUAUCAUUCUUACGUGUUGAUGUUAUGUAAUGUGCAACAUUUUUUGAAGCAAAAAAUAAUAAAAUUCAAAGAUUGAACCAUCAG